UAAUUUUUUAUUUCAGGCACUGCUGGAUCUCUAUUUGCUAGAAAGCAUUGAAGAAAGCUACAAACAUGCAAUUACAAUUUACUUGCUGCUGGAUAUCAUGCAUUCCUUUCCGAAUAAAACAGACACUUCAGUCGACUCCUUCCCAACUGCCUUUGCUAUCCCUUGGGGUCUUGUUAAGCUUAUUCAAGGUUUUUGGCUUCUAGAUCACAAUGAUUACGAGAGUUCACUGGCCCUGCUCUUUCAUCCAGCUACAAUCAAAACUGUGUCAUGGCAACAUCGGAGAAUUCUUCAGUCCCUCAUGUGCCAAGGAGAGCAUAGGCGAGCCCUCAGAUACAUACAGAUGAUGAAGCCAUCCACGUCAAGCAGUAGUGAAGUGCGGCUUUUCCUCACUGUGUUGCUGUCCAAUAGGUGCGUGGUGGAGGCUUGGGGUCUGCUGCAGCGACAUACCACUAAGUUAAAUAUAGAAGAGCUGCUAAAGCACAUGUAUGAAAUCUGUCAGGAGAUGGGACUAACGGAAGACUUACUGAAGCUGCCUUUCACGGACACUGAACAAGAGUGUUUGGAGAAGUUUUUACAGACCAAUGCGGGUGUUCAGAAUCAUGAAUUUCUUUUAGUCCACCACCUGCAGCGUGCCAGCUAUAUCCCAGCACUACAGUUGAAUCAGUCAAUGAAGGUUAAUCUUAUGGUAAGCGUAAAAGUUCUGCCAAGUGUGCAAGUUUCUGUCAGGUGUUAACAACCGCUUUUGAUAGUACUCAAUAAAACCCCUGCUUUCUUUUUUAUUCCACUCUUUGAAAUACUAGGAAUAAGUUUCUAUACCUUAAGUUACAGCUGA